GACAACUGCAACGUCCAAAAAGAAGUACGAUGUCUGCCAAGAAAAACACCACGAAGGUUUCCGAAAUCGACGCUCACGUCAGCAAUCAGUACGACAUCAUUCGACGUCUCGGCAAAGGGGCAUACGGCAUAGUAUGGAAGGCAAUAGAAAAGAAAACGAAGGAAACGGUUGCAGUGAAGAAGAUCUUCGAUGCAUUUAGAAAUCAAACUGACGCGCAGCGUACAUUCCGUGAAAUAAUGUUUCUACUAUCAUUUUCCAAUCACGAAAACAUCGUCAGACUGAUAGGCUUACAUAAAGCGGACAACGAUUGGGACAUUUAUCUCGUAUUCGAAUACAUGGAAACCGAUCUUCACAACGUCAUUAAGAAGGGCAACAUCCUCAAGGACAUCCAUAAGGUCUUCAUCAUGUAUCAAUUGUUCAAGGCCAUCAAGUAUAUACACUCUGGUAACGUCAUUCACAGAGACUUGAAACCAUCUAAUGUUUUGCUGAACGCUCAAUGCCAUUGCAAGAUAGCUGACUUUGGCCUAGCACGAUCUGUGACACAUAUCGGUGAAGGUGACGGCGAGACCGGAAGCGAUCCAACUUUGACCGAUUACGUCGCUACAAGAUGGUAUCGUGCCCCAGAAAUAUUGAUUGCCUCAAAAAGGUACACAAAAGGCAUCGAUAUGUGGUCAUUGGGUUGUAUUCUCGGUGAAAUGUUACUAGGUAAGCCAUUAUUUCCUGGUUCAUCGACGAUUAAUCAAGUUGAGAGAAUAAUGGCUACUCUUCCAGCACCAACGGAAGAAGAUUUGAUUUCGGUUAGCGCUGGUUAUGGUACAAAUUUGUUGGAAAAAAGUCCUGUUGGUCCUAAACGUUCGUUAAAAGAUUUAUUGCCUGAAACAUCGAAAGAAGCUUUAGAUCUUAUUUGCAAUUUAAUAAUGUUCAAUCCUAUGCAUAGACUGACGGCAGUCGAAGCUCUGGAACAUCCCUAUGUAGCUAGUUUUCACAGAAGAGGAAACGAGCCUUCAAGAACUACAAGCGUAGUACCAUUGCUAAGAGACGACGUACAACUCUCAGUCGAGGAAUACAGAAAUAAGCUUUAUGCGAUGAUGGACGAGAAGCAUAGGAAACAUAAAAAUAUGUCGAAAGCCAGAGUUAGACGUCUCUCGGAACAUAUCAGAAAGGAAACCUACAAUUCUACUAAUAAUGGAAACUUUGUAGUUGGUCAAGGUGAUGGAACAACUGGUAAAAAUCUUCGUUCCUCGUGCGGUGAUCUGCGUAAUAAUAAAAACAAUUUACAGACUUCUCAACAAACAAACGGUAAAAAUCCAACCUCUCAUCAAUACGCUUAUAAUCUUUCGAACGGUGAUUUAAGAAAUUUGCCAGCAGGAACUACUAAAAGUUGUCUUUGUCUGAGUCAACAAAAUCAACAUCUGGCGAAAUCUCAACGAUCAAUACAAUCAGAUCAAAUGGCAGCGUACGGUGCCAAUAUAAGAAACAAGCAAUUAGAAGGAGUAGCACGUACCAAACUACGAAGAGGAAACUGCGAUAGGCAAAUACGUUCGACUCAGCAUCAACGUCCACCGAUAGUAAACAAUGAUAUCGAUCGAUCUAACACAUCUGCGUUGAAUGAAACAAGCAAUUCGAAACUUGGUUUAUUAAGGUAUAAUAAGUAUUUAACUACCAUGUUAAACAACAACAAUAACACUAACAAUAGGAUAACGAAACACUUCGUAACGACAUCUCCAAGCAACGGUAACAUUUUGAAUGGGAUUAGUAAUAGUAGCAACAGUGGAGGAAGUGCAAGCAGUUCGGAAAUUUAUGCACCUCGAAGAUCAAGUUCGCAAUAUCAAAUCGUUAAAAAUUAUUUAAAUCAGUCCUUACCGAUUCAUGCAUCGUCAGCUCAAAAUCAACAUGAAAAUCUACAUCAGUAUCGAAAUCAGAAACAGCAGCAACAAGAACAGAUACAACAACAGUAUCGUUAUAAACAACAUCAAGAACGCCAAAGUGAUACUCUAGGAUCAGAAAAAGUUAUAUCAAAAUUAGAAAAGUUGAAUUCAGUCGAUAAAUAUCGUAUUAAAAGUUCCACAUUGAAUAAAACAGAUAAAGCGAAGAUUCAAACGAGACACAGUUUCGGUGGAUUUAGUGUUCUCAAUAAUGAAAAGAAUUCGCAAACUAUCGAUAGUACUAAUCAAAGUCAUGGUAUUAUCACCGCUUCUGUUUACAAGGAUUUACGUAAUGGGAUUAUAAGGUGGUGAUAAAUAAACGAGAAAAACUUUCAAAAGGAACAAUGAAAGUACAAAUGUAAAAGAGAAAAAGAGAGAUAAAGAAAUAAUACGAUAAUUCAAUUCUAUAUAAAAACUGCGAACAACACAUAAAUAGAAUCAAAUUUUAAAUCGAUUACAAUAUUAAUUCACAGAAACUAAUUAUUCUUAAUCACUUUUAUGUUUUUAUCGAAAGUAAUUUCUUCUGGAUAGGCGUAUAUAUAGAAAGAAAAAAAAAACAACAAAAUAAGGCAAAUAAAAGUAAAGAUCUAACUUGUAUGAUUUGAAAAUUGCAAAUAAUAUAUUCUAAUACUUCGAUAUCUUCACAAAUAAUGCAUAAAACUUGAUACGAUAAUAGAUACAUAAAUUUACAUCUAUUUACAUCAAUUACAGAACAAAAAAAGAAAAAAACAAUGAUAGUAAUGAAAAGAAGUUUAUGUCCAUGUUACUUUCUCCCGCAUGAUGUUUUCACGUCUUUGAUUGUGUAUCUUUAUAGAAUAACUUAUUAUUGUUAAUAUAGCAUUUUAAUGUCCAUUAGUUCACGUGAUGUUUCAUUGAUAUACAAUAUAUAUCUUGCGCGAGAAAGUCUAGUGAUAAAGCUUACCAGAUCAUUCGUAAAGAUAUACGAUGAUUACAGUACUUCGAAAGCCUUUUUUUACGAACCUUUUUAUAAGUCCUUCGCGUUUGUUAUAUCGCUGUACCAAAUAAAAAAAAAAAACAAAAAAAAAAUUUGAUAAUCUCUCGAGAUCGAUCUCGCAAAGAGGA